AUUAUUAUAUCAAUGGAUUAAGAUCAAGAAAUAGUAUAAUUCAAUAAUAAAUAGGAAUAAGAAAUUAAUGCGAUGAUGAUUUAAAAGUUUUGGAGGUUAAGAAAGCAUAUUAAGGCUGCCAGACAAGUUGUUCCUUCUCUAAGGGAGAAAUUUCAUUUCUAUUAUUCGAGCAUCAGCUUCAAUAUGAAAGCAACAACAUCUACUUAAAGGUUAUAUACUUGGAUAUAAUUUAGGUUACUCACUUUUAUAAAGAACAAGAAGUUAAAAUCUUUUGGAUUUAAUUUGUGUGAUAAUCCAAUGUGUUAAUAAUGGGUGAAACAAUAAAGAUUAAAUUAAGACCCUUUGCCUUUUAUAUUCAUUCAUAAAGUAUAUAUUGGAUCAAUGGAUGAAUUACAACUGUUAAUUGAUUUCAAACUUUUUGAUCCAAUUAUGAAUUAAGGUUAUCAAUCCUAAAAUUUUAAAUAUAGACUAUUUGAAACAUUGUUUGGCCUGUAUGACCCCCAGAGAAUCCUUAGAAAAUGAGAAAUGUUUGAAUUGCUAAACAAAUUACAUUUUUUUUGAGAAAAAAGGUCAAGGAGUGAAAAUAUGUCCAAAAUGCAGAGAAAAAUAAGAUGAAGAUAAAACAAAAUGCGAGAAAUGUCAGAUGGAAUGUAUAAGAGUUAACGAAAUAUUUAUUCAUCUUAAGGAAAUUUAAUGAUUAAUAAUUAUAUAGGAAGAUGC